AAGCUUUUUACCUUGAAUUAAGAGUUUCCAGCCCACCCGGUUCCACUUGGACAAGAGAUGCUCUCUCAUGGUUCCUGUCGUCUUCGUCUUCUUCCUCUUCUUCCUUCGCACAGUCACCACGAGAAUUAAAUACAGUUUCUGAAUCUCUGUGUGUGUGUGUGUUUUCGUUGUUUAUUCCAUCUAAAAUAGGUGUAUAUUAUAUAAGCCCUAGAAGGAUACACAUGUACUAACAAUGGCGUCGUGGUUGAGAUCUGUGGUGAGCAAAGCGGUGGAGGUUGGGAACAACAGCAACCUCACUCGCGUCAUGAACUACGCCGACUCCGUCGUCCAUCACGCUGGCCAAGCAGUCUCCGAGGGCGCCAAAAUGUUCCAAGAUCACAUGGGAGCUCAGAGUGUCAAAAGCUUUAGGCUGACUGUUAAAAGACUAGAAGAAGCUUCUGUUUCUUGUAGGGGUCCAGAGAGACUUCAGCUGAUGAAAAGAUGGUUGGCAGCUCUUAAAGAAAUUGAAAAAUUAUCUAUGGCCUUGUUGGAGGAUAAAGAAAAAAAUGGUCAUCAGAAUCAUCCUUCAGAAGAACUAAAGGAUGGCCUGAAAAAAAUUUCUCUGAUUUUGUAUUAUGACCCUGAUACGGGGGGUGAACCAGCGAAUUUUUUGGAUGUUUUCCUACACAGCCAAGCCUUGGAGGGCAUCAUAAUAUCUAUGAUUCUUGCAGCCCCAAAUGACCAGGAGGUUUCUCUGCUCCUGGAAUUUUUCAGGCUUUGUCUUGCUGGAGAAAAAGAAGUUCAUAAUGCAAUAGUGAGCAGCAUCCUGGAUCUUGCAAAGGCCUUUUCAAGCUAUGAAGAUGAAGUAUUAGUGAAGCGGGAGGAGUUGUUCCAAUUUGUCCAAGGUGCCAUCACGGGAUUGAAAAUUAAUGCUGAUGUUGGAAGAAUAGAUGCUGAAGUCUCUUCUCUAAGGAGAAAAUUCAACGGAAUGACAGUAUCAGAAAAUUAUAUUGGUGAAGGUCAUGAUCCAGCCUUAAACGUUUCAACUGCAACAUCAAUAGAGGCUUUGAAAGAAGCUCUUGCACAUAUUCGAGUUUGUUCCAGAUUAGAAGAGCUUCUACUGAAGAAAAAAUCUAUCAGCAGUGGUGACUCUCCAGAGGCUCAUGCUCAAAAGGUUGAUAAGUUGAAAGUCUUAUCUGAGUCUCUUGUGAGCUCCACUUCAAAAGCUGAGAAGCGCAUUUCAGAUCACAGAUCUCAGAAAGAAGAAGCAUUAAAAUUUCGUGCUGCCAAGGCUAGUGAAGUUAUUGACAUAGAGAAGGAGCUGGUAGCGGAGAUUUCCGAACUAGAGAAACAAAGAAAUGAACUUGAAGCUCAAUUGAAAAAGGUCAAUAUCUCGUUGUCUGCUGCUCAAGCACAUCUCCACAAUGCCAGGGAAGAGAGGGACCAGUUUUAUGAAGCUAAUGAUCAGAUUAUUGCGCACUUGAAAGAAAAGGAGGAUGAGCUGUUGAGAUCAAUGUCUGCUAGUAGGGUAGAAGCAGAUGUUCUGAAAACUUGGAUCAACUUCUUAGAAGAUACAUGGGUUCUCCAGUGCUCCUAUAAAGAGACAAAGGAGAGGCAGGUCAAUGACGAAUUGGAGAAACAUGAAGGCUGUUAUGUGAACCUGGUCACAAAUCUCCUCUCUGCUUAUGAGAAAGAAUUGAAGCCUUCCAUUGAUCGGAUUGGGAAUUUUGUGGAUAACUUGAGGAAUUUGAGAGAAGGGUCAGGAAUGACAUCUGGAGUGGAUAAUAAAGGUCUCAAAGAACUAGACCCAAGGAAAAAUCUUGAGGAGGAAUAUCUGAACUAUGAAGCAAAGAUUAUAACCACUUUCAGUGUAGUAGAUAAGAUGAAAGCACAGUUCUACACUCGGCAAGGGAAGAUUUCAAGGAAAGAUGAAGUUAGGGUCAAAGAGCUGUUCGAUAAUAUUGAAAAACUAAGACAAGACUUUGAUAUCAUUGAGAGACCAGAUCUAGAAAUGGAGAACCCUUUGGAGGUAGACACAGACACUCCUCACGGGGCACUACCAGACAACCCUUUGCACCGUCCUUUACAAGAAGCAAAGGUACCGAAAGCAAUUAAUGAUGCCCACUCUGGGCAACAUCAAUUUGAGGCUGAGCAGGUGCUUGAUCCUGAAGCAGAACUGGCGAAGCUGGAAUCUGAAUUUGGGAAGGUUAGUGUAGAUUUCUCAGCAGAAGAGGUUGGUGACUGGGAAUUUGAUGAGCUUGAAAGGGAGUUGAGAUCUGAUGGCCUGACUUGACAAGGAGCAAAAAUAGAUGAGACCAUAGGGCUGCUGGAAAUGGCAAUCUUUGUAAUAUGUAUAAAUAAAAAUAUGGAAAAAGAUAAAGGGCGCUGCCAUCUGAAGACAUAUAAGCUGCAUUUUCCCUGCAGGUCUUUGUCAUACUGGGUAACAGUUAUGUCUUGUGGAAACUAUCCAACUUGUAUGAUGUAACUUCAGUUCAUAUAACCCUUGUACAACUGCGGUGAAAUGUAAAAUAUGAUCUUUUUAA